AUGUACCAUAUUACCGAGACACUGUUGGUGGAUAAGAAGGAUUUCGACAUGUUUGUGGAGGACGGCACGAUCCGGCCGGGGAUUCUGGUGCUGAUCAACGACACAGACUGGGAACUGGAGGGCGAGGACGAGUAUGUGCUUCAGGACGGUGACCGCGACCGACGCAAACGGGAUGCUGGACGGCCGGGAGACCGUGGCCGCGCGGCUGAACGACUGGGCCAGUUUGGGCUGGAGGGCGUCGGAAACGAGACGCCAGUCGUUGCGGAGCCGGAUGAUCUGUGUGCGGAGCAGCCGGACCUGCACCACGUCGAUGUCCGAGCGGGGGAAGCCGUCGUCGGAGACCAGUGGAGUGUCCAUGUCUGCGUUCUGGGCAUACAGACGGGCGUGGAGGGUGUCGAUCUGGGCCUCAAUGCGGGACCGCAGACUGGCGAGCUGGGCGACGUCCAUGGCGGCGAGCGCGUCGGGCUCCGUGGACGGCACGACGUCCAAAUUGAGGACGCUCAUGGCGUGUUCGAAAGACAUGGAACAAGGAUCGACGCAAAAAAAUAG